CAAUGUUAGAAACAAGCAGCCGUGCACACGUCUGUGAUUGCCAAACAAACAAAACAUCUCAUUUUUAGUAUUUCAUUUUUCGAAUCCAACUAUAUUACUUUAUAACCCUUUCUUGGCUCAAAUCUCAUUUCUAAGUACAACUACUAAACUGAACAUCUUCUUUUCUCUUUCUCGGACCCUCCGAAAAUGGCUCCUCUCUCAAGGGCAUCCUCAGACUCCAUUAAACCUCGAGAUGUUUGUAUUGUUGGUGUUGCACGUACACCAAUCGGUGGAUUACUUGGUACCCUUUCAUCGUUGUCAGCUACCAAGCUUGGGUCUAUAGCUAUUCAAUGUGCUCUUAAAAGGGCAAAUGUUGAUCCUUCACUUGUGCAAGAGGUUUUUUUUGGCAAUGUCCUAAGUGCGAAUUUAGGCCAAGCUCCUGCUAGACAGGCUGCGUUGGGUGCAGGGAUUCCUAAUUCUGUGAUCUGCACGACUAUUAAUAAAGUUUGUUCUUCAGGGAUGAAAGCAACAAUGCUUGCAGCACAGUCUAUCCAGUUUGGUGUAAAUGAUGUUGUUGUGGCUGGUGGAAUGGAAAGCAUGUCUAAUGCGCCUAAAUAUCUAGCUGAAGCAAGAAAGGGAUCUCGAUAUGGACAUGACACUAUUGUCGAUGGAAUGGUGAAAGAUGGACUUUGGGAUGUGUACAAUGACUUUGGAAUGGGAGUUUGUGGUGAAAUAUGUGCUGAUCAACAUGCUAUAACAAGAGAAGAGCAGGACAAUUAUGCUAUUAGGAGCUUUGAGCGAGGAAUUUCUGCACAGAGUGCUGGUGUCUUUGCAUGGGAAAUAGUUCCGGUUGAAAUUUCUGGGGGAAGAGGGAAGCCUUCCAUGAUUAUUGACGAGGAUGAAGGUUUAGGAAAGUUUGAUGCUGGAAAACUGAGGAAGCUGAGACCAAGUUUCAAGGAGGCUGGGGGUUCUGUUACUGCUGGGAAUGCUUCUAGCAUAAGUGAUGGUGCAGCUGCAUUAGUGCUAGUGAGUGGGGAGAAGGUUCUUCAACUAGGGUUGCAAGUAAUUGCAAAGAUCAAAGGAUAUGCUGAUGCAGCUCAGGCACCUGAAUUAUUCCCAACAGCCCCAGCCCUUGCAAUACCAAAAGCUAUUUCAAAUGCUGGUUUGGAAGCUUCUCAGAUUGAUUACUAUGAAAUUAAUGAAGCCUUUUCUGUUGUGGCACUUGCCAAUCAAAAGCUGCUUGGUCUUAGUCCUGAAAAAGUUAAUUUACAUGGUGGGGCUGUAUCUUUGGGACAUCCACUAGGAUGCAGUGGAGCUCGUAUUUUGGUCACAUUAUUAGGGGUGUUGAGACAAAAGAAUGGGAUGUAUGGGGUUGGUGCUAUCUGCAACGGAGGAGGAGGGGCAUCUGCUCUGGUUCUUGAGAGAAUGCCAGUUGCGAUGGUGGGACUUUCUAAGCUAUGAUGCUGAUUUGUUCUCACAUUAUCCUAUAUUUAUGCAGUUUUCCCCCCCUUUCUAUUUUCAUUUCUGAAUUUAUUUUUAUAAAUAAAAUAAAUUGUAUAAAUAAACUUGUGCAAAGAUAGAAAGGGGGAAAAUGGAGUAUAUCAACUAGAUCAAUAGCUAUUUUAACAUUUGUUAUUGAGUAACAAAGUAAAAGUGUGUUGUAUCAA